UGCCACUGACUCCGACGCCGAUGCUCGGUCUCUUACCCGAUUACUGCUUCGUUGCGAUUGUCGCUUGUGCGAGGUAGCAGUUAAGGGAGGAUUUUGCAAGUGUAUUGCACCGACGACGUUGUUGCAGCUACAAAAAGGAUCAGCUUACCUUACGGCAAGAUCAUUUCUCAAGUGACUACCGUGCAGUGCAGAGCAGCAGCAACAGAAGCAGAAGCCUUAAUAAUAGCAUCAGCAAGUUCCGCAGAUCAUUCGCAUUUGCCAACUUUAAGUAAAAAUUAUAAUAAAGACAUAAAACAAUGGCAGUGCAGGGUCAGAGAUUUAUGACCAAGACGCAGCACUACCGCAAGGUGACCAAACCGUUGCUGGAGCGCAAGCGACGGGCCCGCAUGAACCUGUACUUGGACGAGCUGAAAGAACUUAUUGUCGAUACGAUGGACGCGCAUGGGGAUCAGGUCAGCAAGCUGGAGAAGGCCGACAUACUGGAGCUGACGGUGAACUAUUUGAAGACGCAGCAGCAGCUGCGAUUGGCCAGUCCAGCCUCCAGUCCAGCUUGCAGUCCGUCUUCUUCCUCCUCAUGCUCAGCCCAGGACAACUUUGACAAAUUCCGCGCGGGCUAUACGCAAGCCGCCUACGAGGUCUCGCACAUAUUCUCCACCGUGCCUGGUCUGGAUCUCAAGUUCGGCACAAGCCUAUUGAAGCAGCUGGGACAUCAGCUAAAGGACCUGAAGGAGGAACGGAACACGCCCGAACUCAGCGAGGAGCACGUCAAUCUCUCGGAACGCAAAUUGGAGCAGCAUCAGCACGAAGAGCGACCCAUCGCACCACCCCUUCAGGAUGACGACAAUGACAACCCCAAUGGCGAGGAUGUCUGGCGGCCGUGGUGAACCAGGGGUGAACCUACUCCUUAACUUAACCAAUCAACAUUGAGAACAUUACUGCUGUGGGUUUAGUUCGUAGACCAUAAAGAUAUUCAGCAACGAUCAAAGUUUUCCAAGGUUUAGUGUAAACAUUUGCCUCAGAAUUUGUACCUACAAUAAGCAGCUAAUAAUAAUGAUAUGAUGUGAUGUUCCUGUGAUAGUUUCUAAGUUCGUAUAUUGUAUUUGAUCUCCCAUAGAUUUAGAGAAACACACUUACCAAUAGUUAUUCCUUAUUUUACUAGCACCGAGCAAAAGAGCUUCCCUAUUGAUCUUCCACCUAGUUUUAUUUAAGAAAUAC